ACGUCUUUUUUUUAUUCCGAACCACGUUUAAAGAGAGAGGUAUUUUCAACAAGACAACACAGUUAACGUGCGAGGUUUGCGUGUGUCGUAAGAAUCUCGAGGGAGAGUCCAAAGUUGGACCUGCUUUUCAUCUGUUAAAUAGGCUAGUAUUUUCAUCAACACUACAAAGAGGGGUUUACAAUCUCUCACAACUUUUCCCGUGGUUUCCUUUUCGGCUUGUUGGACUGGAUAUUAUUUACUUUGGGACUAGUUUUGUGAAUCGGAUCCGGAGGGGUUCUCUCUAGACACUCUUUACUCUCGUCUCGAGGCUCAUUUGGAAACGUGCCUCUCAUAACGAAAUCACUCAUAUUCGCUAGCGGAACGGCUAUAGCGUUUAUUGAGGGAAUUUAUAUUUUCCACCCGAGAUCAGUUGGAAACUAUAAAAGACAAACUGUUCGAGGACGAUUUUCUAGAACUUCAGAGUCUUCUCUUUAUUGUAAGCGAAGUAUAUCAGCGAGGAUACGAAGGCUGUAGGAACUAUGCCUCAAAAAGAAUACUAUAACCGGGCCACGUGGGAGUCUGGCGUCGCGUCCAUGAUGCAAAACAGACAAGAGGUGUAUGACAUCUGUAACGAAGGUCACAGUGGAGUGAACCAGCUCGGCGGUGUGUUCGUCAACGGCAGACCGCUGCCAGACUCCACGAGACAGAAAAUAGUUGAACUCGCUCACAGUGGCGCGCGGCCGUGUGACAUAUCCCGGAUUCUGCAGACCCAUGCUGAUGCAAAAGUCCAAGUGCUGGACAAUGAAAACGUGUCGAACGGCUGCGUGAGUAAAAUCUUGGGUAGAUACUAUGAAACGGGCUCCAUCAGACCCAGGGCGAUCGGAGGAAGUAAACCACGAGUAGCGACUCCCGAGGUGGUCGGCAAAAUUGCCCAGUACAAGAGGGAGUGUCCGUCAAUCUUCGCGUGGGAAAUCCGAGACAGGCUGCUAUCAGACGGGGUCUGCACAAACGAUAACAUACCCAGUGUGUCAUCGAUAAACAGAGUACUGCGCAACCUGGCUAGCGAAAAGCAACAGAUGGGCGCAGAUGGCAUGUAUGAAAAGCUGAGGAUGCUGAACGGUCAGACCGGCACGUGGGGGACCCGGCCGGGAUGGUACCCCGGAACCUCAGUGCCAGGACAGCCCAAUCAAGAUGGCUGCCAACAAUCAGACGGAGGCGGUGAGAACACCAACUCAAUAAGCUCCAAUGGAGAGGAUUCAGAUGAGACCCAAAUGAGGCUUCAGCUAAAAAGAAAACUGCAAAGAAACCGCACAUCUUUCACACAAGAACAAAUAGAAGCACUUGAAAAAGAGUUCGAGAGAACGCACUAUCCUGACGUUUUUGCACGAGAGAGACUAGCUGCGAAAAUAGAUUUACCAGAAGCAAGAAUACAGGUGAGCGAAAAAAACCCCUCUAAAUUUAUAAAUUUAUAUAAUAAUUGUUACACUAGCGUUUAUCAGCCAAUCCCUCAGCCCACAACGCCAGUAUCCUUCACACCAGGCUCCAUGUUGGGAAGAUCAGACACAGCCCUUACGAACACAUACAGCGCCCUGCCACCAAUGCCAAGCUUCACCAUGGCCAACAACCUUCCUAUGCAACCCAGCCAGACCUCAUCCUACUCCUGCAUGUUGCCCACUAGUCCUUCAGUGAAUGGGCGGAGCUAUGACACAUACACACCCCCGCACAUGCAGGCACAUAUGAACAGCCAAUCAAUGGCCACCUCAGGCACAACCUCAACAGGUCUAAUCUCGCCUGGAGUGUCUGUACCAGUCCAAGUGCCAGGCAGUGAACCAGACAUGUCCCAGUACUGGCCCAGACUACAGUGAGAACAAGAACACACGAGAACAAAAACAAAGAGAAAGAAAACAGAGGAGAGGAAAAGAGAGAGGAGCUUCUUCACCUCCUGACGUCUUUCAGCUUCAAGGCAGGGCUGUUCAGCAGUAUUUAACUAUGGAAGGAAAAGAGGAGACUCUAAAGGACCCUUUUGUACUGGGAUAGUGCCACUUCUCUAUCAUUCUUUGGACACAAAGACUUGAAGAAUAAAAGAGAACAGACUUCUGUAAAGUGCCCGGUAUUAUAUCGUAAAAUGAAAAAAAAAAAAUCUGUUUUUCAGUUUCCAACCUAAGUCAUUUUGAUGUAUUUGUACAUGUAAUGGCCAAUUGUAUGUUAUGACAAAAAGAAAAAGAAAAAAAAAGAAGAACAACCAUGGACUGUCAAACCAAGUUGGUCUUGCAUCAGUGAGAGGAGGAUCAUUUGUGCAGGCUUAUUCAUCAUUCUUUUUUCAUCAUCAGCUGAUAUCAAGAACUGCCCAUUUCUGUUUCAAAUGUGGACCUGUAGAAACAAACAAUCUCUGUAUCAUUUCAAGACAAAAAUAGCAACAGAGUUCAAAGGAAGCCAAUCCAGAAAUUGUUUUCCAAAGCUUGCAGACAAAAGUAAGCUAUUUGUUGAACAUGGCGACUGCUGAACCGGAGGAGGAAAAUGUUUGGUAGUUUAAAACGGUAGAUUGUGUCUUCGGUAUAAUUCAGUUUUGCUUAUGUCAACAUGUAAGUAUUUGUCUUCCCUAGAAGUCUCGCAGAACAAUUUCUUUAAUAAAAUUAAUUUCAUUUUA